UAAAAAUUGCGGUAAUACGGGAAUCUAAAACCGUUCGCUACGGUGGAUGAUACUUUCGCGCCCUUUUUAUCUAGUUCUCGGCUGUAGUGAAAGUUAGCUAUCGCGGCCUUUGGAACUUGUUUCGUUGUAGUAGUGUCAGUAGUGUAAAGGCGUUGGUAGUGUGAGCAGUACUGUGUGUGGGGUCUCCGCUCGGCAAGUCCAAAAUGUGGGCAGAGGCCUCCGGAUGGUUGUGGUAGUUCCUGCCUGACUGGCGUUAAUUUUUUUCGUGGAAGCGUACAGCCCGCUGUGAGAUCGACCUGUGAGCUGUGGUCCUGUGGUCGUCGUAUUCAUUAGUGAUGUGGACUCCACAUAUCGUCGAGUGUUCGUUGCUGCAUUGAUCGCGGUAUGUGAAGGAAAAAAAAAAAAAAGGAUGGAGAUAGCUCUGCGGUCAAAGAGCACGAUCAUGUUUAAAGCCCAGGUGUGGUGAAGCAUCGUUAUGGAUGAAGCGUUCCUGACGGACCUGCUCGAGUGUUCUGUCUGUCUUGAGCAGCUGGACAGCACAAGCAAGGUACUUCCUUGCCAGCACACUUUCUGCAGGCGCUGCCUGGACGAGAUCGUUCACUCCCACAAGGAGCUACGUUGUCCAGAAUGCCGGAUACUGGUGGAAUGCUCGGUCGACGAGCUCCCGCUCAAUAUUCUUUUGGUCCGUCUACUGGAGGGCAUCAAGAACAAUCCACGGCGUGGUGGUGGUGGUGGCAGCAGUGGUGGGAGCCGGUCCCCGUCGGGUGCCCUUCUGGGCAGUUCCUCCCUCAUCGGCCAUGCGAGGCCCCUUCUGGCCAGUCAGCCUUCAUCGGCUGGGCCACGGGGGGACACCACCUCUGGUCGUGGGGAUGGGGUGCGCACUCUUGUCAAGCAACUGGUGCCGCAGAUGCCCUGUGCCAAAGCCCUCUACUCCUACGAUGCCAAGGACCCGGGGGACUUGGCAUUCCGAAAGGGGGACAUCAUAGUCCUGCGCAAGCGAGUGGAUCAGAACUGGUUCCAUGGAGAGCUGGGCGGCAAGCAAGGCUUUGUGCCAGCCAGCUAUGUCCAAGUGGUGGUGCCCCUGCCUUCUCAUAUCCCUCAGUGCAAGGCUCUCUACGACUUCCGCAUGGGUGACAAUGACGAGAAGGAUUGCCUGACGUUCCUCAAGGGUGAUGUGAUUACGGUGAUUCGGAGGGUGGACGAAAAUUGGGCUGAAGGAAAACUGGGCGACCGAAUUGGUAUCUUCCCAAUAUCGUUUGUUGAGAUGAAUGCCGCUGGAAAGGCACUAAUGAAGCUUUCUAACAAUGUUCAAGUGGGCCCUUCUAGAGUUGCCCCCCCAACUCCCAAUUCCGAAGCACCAAGCCAAACAGUCAUUCCAGCUGGCAGCACUCCGUCGGCUGGCGAAUCUCAAUCAAGCACGACAUCUCCCGCAUCUUCUUCCCCGAGCCCUGGCACGCCGCCAUCCACAUCUCCUCCACUGCCAGCAUGCCAGCCCCGAGAGAAGCGCCACUCACUCUCCGCCCUCAACCCGCCAGCCUCAAGCAAUGGAAGCAACCCUCAGGCUCCCCAUCGGCAUUCGAUGGAGGUGCUGAAUACAGGCACUGAGGUCACGUCGCAGCCCAGCUCACCACCGCGUGGUCAGGCAGCCUCCCCGAGCAGGAUUCCCACAGCAUCGUCAAAGCCGGCCCCUGUGACAUCCCAAGGCUCUUCAGGAUUACCCUUGCCUCCACCGGAGCAGCCAGCAACCCUGCUAGCACCUUUGACUCAGCAGCAGCAGCCAUUGCAGCCAGCACAACAUGCCACCAUUGCAUCAUUUUAUGUGGCCCUGUACAGCUACAAACCACAAAAGGAGGACGAACUGGAACUACGCAAGAACGAGCUUUAUUCAGUGACAGAGAAGUGCCAGGAUGGCUGGUUCAAGGGCACCUCACUGCGCACGGGCCUCUCGGGAGUUUUUCCCGGGAACUACGUUCAGCCGACCAAGUCGUCAAGUGGUGGCUUUUCGUCAGCACUGCUGCCAAUACCACAGCAGCAACAGCCUCAACAGCAGCAGCAGCAGCAGAUGGGCACGCGAAUCCCUGCCCCCAGCUCACCGCGCCCACGGUUGUGUGCACCGCAACAGGUACCCAUGGUCCCUGGUGGACCGCCUCCCUUUCUCGGCGGGCAGGGCUCCAGCCCUCUGCUUGCUGAGUGGGCCCUGGUCGCGCCCCCACAGAGGACUCCACUUACCACAACCCCGAGUCCACUGGGACAUAAGCCGCCGGUGAGCCACGGCCCUGUGGCCCUGCAAGUGCAGCAGCUGGGCGUGGCCAAGGCAGUGGCCGUCACCACGGGAAGUCCCGCCUCCUCCCAGGCUUCGUCGGGCAGCACUGGUCACUGGUUGCUCGCAUGGCCGCCCUCCUCCGCCUCAUCUUACGGGCCGGUUAGCGGCGCUUCCACGUGGGUGCCUGCCUGUGCCACGCCGACUCGCAGUCCUGCUGUCACUGCCGCAACCUCUGUGGGCUUGGCUGGCAAUGGCGGCACUCAGUCUGGUGGUAUGGCCACAUCCAACUCACCGCACAGCUGCUCCAGCUCGUCUGCUGCCACCUCCUCCUCCGCUGGCACACUGGCUCCAUCUGCUUCAGCGAUGCGCUCAGAAAAGCAAAAGGAGCGCAAGGAGAAGGACAAGAUAAGCCUGAUGAAGCGGCUCACAGCCAAGCGCAGAUCACGCUCACCUCCUCCACCCAAUUUCUCCUGCGACAACCCGAGUUUCGUGGACAGCUCGGCAGCAGCGGGCCAGUCAUCUCUGCAGCCGCCAAGUGCUGUGCCUGUCGUGCACAUCAGGUCUGGCUCGUGUCCAAGUGAGGUCCUAGGCAGCCAGCAGGCUCUGCACAAGAAGACCAGCUCCUUAGAUGGAAACGACAGCCUCAAAGCGAGGCCCAAGCAGCCUGCUCCUCUUGUCAGGGAAAGGUUUCGCUGCAUCGUGCCUUACCCUCCAAACAGUGAGUAUGAGCUGGAGCUCAAGCAAGGAGACGUCGUGUACGUGCACAAAAAGCGGGAAGACGGCUGGUUCAAAGGCACCCUGCAGAGGACAGGAAAAACUGGACUCUUCCCUGGCAGCUUUGUUGAAAGCUUCUGAGGCAACCCACCUGCGUCCCCUCUGUUCGUCUUUCUGCAGUCUCACUUCUUAGGCACACGCAACAAACGCCAAGAUUCCAAUAUGGGUGGCUGGGCAGCCACCGACAAAUCUUCCGGUGUCUUCCGGUGACAUUUCAGUACCGAGCUGGGCUAGUCGGUGCGUAAUUUUCUAGAAAAACAGCACAACCGUAAAGCCCAACAUGGAGCGACCAGCGCAAUGGCUGAUUUAGCUGAUUUUUUGUUUUGGGAAGUAUGGGGAGCGCUGUUCGGUGUUUCGAUAAUGGCAAGAAUGUAAACAACGCAAAUUCGUGUUUCCUUUGCAGGCCACACAUGGUACCUUCCAUUAUAGCCGGGCAUAGAGUAGUUUGUUCUUCACCCUGAAAUUCCUGAUAUCCAAGGACUUGCUGGGUCCAAGCUGACCAGUGAAAUUCCAUGAGACUCGCACGCCCCUACCAGCCUACAAGAGUGCCCGGACAUACACUAGAUGUCACCUGCAAAAUCAAUUCACUGUGAAAAUAGAGGAUUCUGUCUAUCCCGAGAUGUUGCAAAUCCAGGCUCCUACCUCCUGUGCUGACAGAGUACAUUUUAAAGGGACCGACAACUGGCCAGAACGUGGGAUUUGAACUGGUAUAAAUGAAAAGACCAUAAAAUAUAGUAACCGAUUCCAGCAUCCCUCUCGCGUUGCAAGUAGGAUUUACAUUUUUAAAUUGUGUGUAAAAGUAACAAAAACCGAUGUCGCGCAGCCUAGCGGAAGAGCCUUGAAGCUAUAUUAUGAAGUCGAUCACUUUAGUCUGAUGCUGUCAUGAGUGCCAUAAUUAGUCCUCAAAGUUAAAGCAUGUAUAUUAUUAUCCAGCCCCACUCAGUUCUGUGCUGCUUACGAGGUAAAAGAAGCUGCACGGUGAGAAGCAGCGCUGCCUUCGCGGCCACUAGUGGACCAUGUCGAGCUGCAGCGCAUGUGCGCGAAGUGCACGCACAGUCUUGGGCAGUAACUAGUUACUAGUAACGUGUUACCGGUAACUAGUUACUUUUUUCAGUAACUUGUAACUGUAACUGGUUACUUUUAAGUUAGAGGAACUUGUAACUGUAACACUGUUACUUUUUUCGCAGUAACUGUAACGGAAAAUACCGUUACAGUUACUUCUGUCUUUAUGAAAAAUUAUCCAACAGCAACACUUUUUCGAACUUUCUUCUUUACCAUAUAUCCUCUCCACCCCUCAACUUUCCAGAAUAGGGCUCCCCUCGCAGUUUAGAAGAGGAGGUGACUAAGCGUAUUAUCUUCCCUGCAGAAGACCGAGGUUGGAGGUCUGUCAUUACCGCAACAUGUAAAUCAAUCGUGGUUCAACUGAACAGCCUGCUAAGUUCGCGUCCGUUUUUUUUUUUUUUUCAGCAUAUAUAUCCUUUUCGUCACUUGAGCAUCUAGCUAUGUUCUUGGUGUACAGGUGGAGGAGCAUUAGGAUGCCAUGUUUAUCGUCUCCCUCGUCUGAGGCUCCGAGCUAAUCGUGUUUGACAGGUGGCUAGAAAACAGCAGAACGCGAAAUGGCAAGGCCAGAAAUUCCGUGAACUAGCGAAGCGAUAUUUUAAAACUUCUUUGUAACUGGUGUAAAAUGUUUACUCCGACUUAAUGCAACAAUUAUUAACAAAAUGACAGACGUUUCACCCCCAAUGCAGGUGGCAUCCUAAAAAAGAAAAAAAAAAAUGAGCCGAGGUCAACUAGUCCACUAGUCACACAUGUCCUUGUAAAUGUCCAGUGGGGGGCCGCGGCUGUUUUUGCAAGCCGCGGCGAAUGAACCACGAUUCCAGGAGUUGCUUUUUCCCCACCUUCGUUCACAAACCGGCGUCGUCGCAUUGUUUAGGUCAAAGCUAUGACCUGUCAUCCAGCAGUGCUCAACAAGCUCGGUCUUAGAACGCGUUGCAUGGGUUGCUUUAGCGACAUUCCGCUUGAGUUCUUUAGGCCUCGUUGAUCAUUUCCUGCCCGUUUCGCCGAUCCCCGCAUCACACUUUUAGAUACUGCCAUGAUCAUCCGCAGGUGUGCAGUCUUAGGAUUUCGUGAACACACGCUGUCAUGUUCCAAGGUAUAAUAACGGGACUUAAAAACGGUUUGUAUGCCCAGCGGACCGGAAGCUCUCCGAACAGAGUCUGACAGACCUUAAACAUAAUGGAGCAGACACAAUGGACGUCGUAACCACUCGUGAUGCACUCCCCGCUGCUCUUCGCAUGCACUUCUGGGUAUAGUUAAUAAACGUCUCAGGAUAUACUGCCGUCGUUCCAGUACAUCAACCACGUUUUCCACUUCAAGUAAGAGGCGUUCAAAGUGAUUGCUGGUGUUGGGCCCCCUUUUAUGUGUCCUUCGUCUAGGGUUUUACGACGUGCAACCCUUAUUAAAUAAAUUCUAUAAUUUGAUUUGUGAUCUAUUAUUUUAUACAGUAACGGAAAAGUAACGACGUUACUUUUGCACGGUAACUGUAACUGUAACAAGUUACUUUCGGAAACUCUGUAACUGUAAUUGUAACAGAGUUACUUUUUUGGCUUAGGUAACUGUAACUGUAACACUGUUACUUUUUACUGGAACGUGCCCAUGACUGUGCACGCAUGCGCAGUAACUCACCGCGCUCGAACACGAACCGCUCUCACGCUCACGGUUUGCAGCAUAUGUUGUCUCGUGUGUAUAAUGACUUCAUAUUCGCCGCAGAUGGAAAAAUUCUGAUUACAAAUGUUUCGCGGCGUUUUCCACGUUACAAUUCCGUGAUUAGGCACUCUGACCGGUGAGCUUUCCACUGCGCUGAAGAAAAUGGGUACCAUGAAAAUUGGUUGUCGCUCCCUUUAAUUACUGCCACAUUGCUGUAAAUCCUGUUCUAUACAGUAGAACCUCGUUGAUACGUUCCCGCUUGAUACGAUUUCCCGGCUCCUACGCUCGAAAUCGCGAAAAUUAAAAAUAACCCAAUACAGCUGUGUGUAAUAUGUUCCGGUUAAUACGUUCCCGGAAAAUACGAUUAUUCGGCAGCAACGUUCAGCACCGCGGAAAACUAGGGUCGUAUGAUACGUUUUCCACUCAGAAACUCUCAUUCAGGUGUGCAAAAAAAAGGCCCUCUCAGCGACGGCAGCUUCUCCGCAGUGCCUUUCCCCCCUCCGUGCUUUCUCUGAUUUGCUCAAUUGUCCCCUCCGCAUCUCUUCCGAAUUGCUCGAUCGCCGCUCUCUGUCACCCACGCGGCGACGCGGGCCGUCACAAUCUUCGAACGGCUUGCCGCGGAAACACACAUGCCGCUGCCGCAUCGCCACCGCUGCACAACACGCCGCGACCCGUAACCAUAGCAACGCCGCCAUUGUGCCUAGUCAAUAUGGCCGAUAAUUUCCCGCACACUUUUCUCUCGGAGCGCAAUCGUUUUUGGGUUGCUCCGCCCGGCGCAAUUCCAGUCGGCGUUCGUAUUUCUCUGGCUGGGCAGUUCUGCCUACCAGCGGGUCGUCAGAAGCUGACAGAAAAGAUUUGUUCUGGAAGAUAUGUAGGAGGUUUCUGGUUAUCAGACGCCAAAAACGAGACGAUGUGCGCUCGCCGCCAUCUUUGUGAGGACUCGACAGAUCGCAGUGCGGGCGCUUGGGGACUUCACCUUCGGUUGCCAUUACGCCAGGCGUUAUCUUUUAAAGCCCGUUUCGCCGUGCGAGAUGGUGCGAUUACUAGUGGCGGCGAACAUACCAGCGCAUGUCUCAAGUUAAGACAGAACGCAAACUGAUCAGCGCGAGUGUGCGACGUAGUAUGCGAUAGCCGCGAACAGCUGUCGCUUUCGGGGACGCUUAUCACUCGCGAGAUAUCGCAUAUCGUGUUGUACCGCGAUUGUUACGUGCACUGCGAAGAGUUGAGCUUGUUAAGCCUUUAAGAGGGGCGGCAGUUUUCUUCACGGACGGGGCGAGUCACGCGUGAUCUUUCGAACGUACGUGAUCGUAUCCCAAAUGCGUAUGUUCGAGAAGAUCACUUCUGCUCUUCGCAAACCUAGCCCCAUAUUUCCAAGCGACAAUGCAGAAAGAACCGACGCUCAUGCGGCGCAAAGUUUCGUCUGCUGACAUGGCGGUAGCGUUUCUUUACGUUUACGCUGGUUGUCUCAGAGUUCGAUUUUGCAAUAUUCGGGUUGUCUCGGGAUUUCAAUACGCGUGACCACGACGUUAUUUUCGGUCAGGAUCGGAACUUGCUGGCUGACCUCUGGCGGCCAGCGAGAUGCCAGGAGUUCGAAAAUCGAAGAGUCCCUCCAUGUUUUUUGAGAAAUAAAUGUUUUUUGCUCUUGCACCUCAAUAUGGGCUUGUCAGCCUCAAUUUUUACUGGAUUCGGAUCGUACGUUUUCCCGGAUCAUACGUUUAUUUUCCGCGUUUUUUUCGGAAACGUAUCAACGAGGUUCUACUGUAUAUGCCCUACUGUCAUUAUGUUCUGGAUGACAGCCUCUGCCAUUUGGAGCUGAAAAAACCAUACCAGCUUAACAAAAUACUAGUUCAUUGAAAACAUUUGUCCUUGAUCUCUGGAAUUCCUUGGUGAAAUUUCAGUUUCAUGUUGUGGUAAACCCUGACAAUUAUUAAAAUUUUAGUCUUGAAUGGGUUGCCGUGCAAUUGAAAUUUUUUUCCUUCUCUAGCACUGCUCGUUUUUGAAGUGAAUCAUCAAACUUGAGCAAAUGAGGGGAUGAGAAUUAACGUCUUCUUACCGUCUUUUUUUACGCCGAAAUGCAUGCUUUCCAAGUUGUUGCAAGUUUAAAUUGUUGCUGGAAUUGGUGCCUAUGUUGGUCAUUUUGUCGUUUGCCCUGCAGCGAUGCCAUCUUUCUAAUCUUUGGGUGUUUCUACCACACAUUUGCUGCACUGCACCAUCGUCUUGUUUGAACUUGUCAAGGCAGCAAAACAGCGAAGAACUUUAAAAACGGUAGAGUUUCAUGCAAGUUACGUUGGUACGUACUCGUGAAUAGAGGUAAAAUAUGUGAACAGAUGCUUAUGCCAGAUACACACAACUGUCUUCCAGCCAGACCCGUUACUGUCACGGUACCAGCAUUCAUUGGGAAUGGGUGCUUCCUAUGGUUGGAUACAACGUAAGAAAAAAAUGUCAGCUCCAAUCACAGCCAUGGCUGUGCCUUCUGCAGAGAAUUUGCCCAAAUGCUCCACCCUAUAGCACUUGCUCAUUUUGGUGACAUUUAGUGCGUUUCAGAUGGUUGACUUUCCCAUACAGACCCACAUUUGUGUCGCUGGUUUUAGGUCAGAAACUUGGAACAUCCUGAUAAAUUUCGUCAGAAACCCGGACAUUGCUGCUCAGCCAAGCCAGAUGUUUUAGGUAGUAACGACGAAUCUUUAACUAAUUGAUAUGCAUGGUAUGUACAAUAGCUGAGAAUAAGUACUUGCGGUUCGAGCGGAAAUCAGCUAGUGCAACUGUCUUCCACAGAUGAAGGGUAGCUGUGCCACGGUUCUGUGGGCAAAGCUUACAUUUUUUUCUUAGGUUGUUGUCAACUAUAGUCGGUUUUUUCUCAAGAACAGAACACACUUGGCGUCGGCCGCAUCGCUGGCGUCUCAUUUUUGAGGAAGAAGCUUAUGAAGGAACACUCUGUUCUGACAAAGCCGAUGCUGUGACAGUUAAUUGGAUGGGUCGAACGAUGAUUGUGUGCGUCUGGCUCUGCACAAAUAGAGAAGUGGGUGGAAAGUAGUGGUCCAGCUCUCCUGUCUACUUCUUUUCCUGCACAAGCAUUUGUUUGAUGGUUUUCUGUUCAUUCAAGAAACCUUUUGUGUAGUCACGUCUACAAAGCUCGUGCAUUGCUUGCUCACUCGCUCUUGUAUUACCAAAUGAGCAAUGUUACCUGUUCCUAUAUAUUUCAUUGCAUUUCUCUGUGUCAGGGCUGUGCAGAGGCACUUGGUGUUCCACGUUAUCAAUGCGGUGAUUGGAGAUCAAUAUUUUUAUUGUCUGGGCUGCUUUGUUAUGGUUGCCAAGAGCUUCAUCUCGGUUGGUUGUGCCAUGGUGCUGAAAGAAAACGACUCUUUUGACCGUUUGGUCUGCGCCUGGUAAUUAUGCUCAAAGAAGACAGAACCAAAAAAAAAAUAUGUGUGGUUUUACAUCGCGAUAACACCUAGGCAAAACACACAAAAAUUUUAGUCAAAUCGGGUAUGGAAGAGACGAAAAAUAGAGUAUCACACACUCUGUGUAUAGUAGGUAGUGAAAUUAUAAAAGAUGAGAGCAUCCAUGGUAAACAUUAGUUGAAAAAAAGUUGGACGCAAUCUUCUGAAUCGAGGCUGUGUAUCUGGCACUGCAAGCUUUAUUGUUGCUCACUGUUGCACAUUCUUCAAAUGCUGGCGGCCGGCAUUUUCCACUUGGCAAUGAAAGGCCAUACUAUUAUUUAAAUGGCAAGCACAUAUCCCAAAGCUGCACAGGAGCGGUCAACAACUCAGUCAGUGCCACUUUUGCAUGAAUUGUCUGGUUGCAAUAACCAUAGUGAGUGUGAUGGUAUCAGAAUUUUCAGUUUGUUGUCAAGUGAUUUUUAAUGUGUUUAAGGUGGAAUGUUCUCAUAAACGCAAAUCACCCAAGUGUCAACAUUACUGGUCCCAGCAGCCAGUGUAGUGUUGUGCUUUGCUCAUAUGAAUGGUACCACUUCUUUGGCUAGCUAAAGAAACUUUUCUUCCAUUUUCUUUCCCAUUUUCGGCAACAUAAGGCAUUGUCCGAAACAGAAAGCCUCUCGUGUUGAGUGAAGACGCUUGCUGUCACUGAAAUAAUAAUGACAAAAUGCAGACCAUGAAUGUCAAUACUUGAUGGUCACAGGAAACUUAAGCUGCCUCACGAAAGUUGUGCACAGUGACUUCUACACGUAUCUGCCUGUUUGAAAAGUGCGCACAUUGCAGUUUAGGUUUACAAAUGGCACCGAAGGGAAGCCAGGUUUUACAAUAAUCAAUUUCCAAAAAUCUGGAAGUUGGCUGCCCUCAGCAGCUCUCCUAACUGAAAACAGGAUCCACAUCUGCACUUUUCCUAAAUGAAAUGAGAAUGCCAUCGCUGACUCUGAUGAGCAACACAUAGGUUUGGUGGUGAGCGUGUUGCAGCUAAGUUUCGCAGGACAGCUGACUUCCAGAAUUUUUCGAGUUGUCUACAAGAGUAACCUUUUGAGGGCUCGUGCACCGGCUGCUUAAUUAACCAGUAAACUCAAUUUUCUUGACAUAUAUGACCCAGCUGAAGUAGCACGUGCUGCUACGAAGUGAAUAUAGUGUUGUCCCCUGACAACCUUCUCAACCCUCAAUGUGUGAUGCCAUAUUGCAUUUAAUGCAGAAUCUAAGCACAGUUUGUGCUCUCUGUUGUCUUCUUCCAUGUGGAAUGCGAAGAUGAGAGCAAUAAGGAGCUUGAAAAGCAGAGCGCGAGUUUUCCUUUACUUUUUUUUUUUGU